UGAAUUUGAACUUCUGUGCUUCGUUUCCUUUGGAAUCCCUUGCUCGACGAGAGCCUCUGCACUCCGCGACUCCAUCUCUUCAUCAAUUCUUGCUUCUGUAUAUCGGUUCUGUGUUUCGUGUCCACUGUCUGCGCUUACAGCUCCGCUUGUGCCCUUCUAGUUUAGCUUUCAGCGAAUAUAUUGACGCCUGGGUUCAUCCACUUUUCGUGCGUGCCCAUCAAGUAAGCUCUGUUUCCUCAAUAUUUCGUGGAUGGGUGGGGAUCUCACUUCACAUGUCUCGAUCGGCAAUGCAUUUACACUCCGCUGGUUAUUUGAUCUAGUUCUGUAAUGGCGUCGAAGGCAAGAGCGAAACGGGCUCCGAAGGGAAGCGAGGUGGUGUCGGAAAAAGAGAAUGUUGAUGUCUCGCCUGUGUCUUCGAAGGCUACUGGGAAGACGAGGGGGCUGAAGGAAUCCAGCAACCUUUCUCUCGAAGAGGAACUUGAAGCCAUGACAAAAGCCUUGAAGCAGGUCUCUCUCGAGAAAGAGCGCAACGAGGCUAAGCUAAGAGAGAAGGAGGAACUGUUAUCUGCCAAAGCUGCUGAGGCCGAGCGCAUGCAAAUCUUGCUGAAGAGCAGGGAUGAAGAAAAGAAGAGGCUCGAAGACAAGCUACGAAAGCUUCAGAAAGUGCAGGGGUUCCAGCCCAGUUUGAAUCUUUCAGUGCCAAAUCCUAGUGCCCCAGAGGACAAGAAUAAGAAACAGAAGAAGGAUCCUAAGCGCCUUAAGAAGCCCAAGACUGCUUUUCUUCUGUGGUGCAAAGAUUAUCGUCAGAAGGUCUGCGAGGAGAACCCGAAUGCCACUUUUGCAGAGAUCAGUACUAUUUUGGGAGAUAAAUGGAAGAAUGUCCCUGAAGAGGAACGAAAGCCAUACGAAGACAGAUAUAAAGUGGAGAAGAACGUCUACCUGAAGUUGGUUGGUGAGGAGAGGCGAGAGACAGAGGCUUUGAAACUGUUUCAUGAGGAACAAAACAAGAAGCAGGCCCAGGAACUCCUUGAACAGUACCUUGCAUACAAGAAGGAAACUGAGAGUGGUAGUGACAAGAAAAAGAAGAAGGAGAAGGAUCCGUUGAGACCCAAGCACCCAAUUUCCGCCUUUUUUGCGUUUUCCCAAUCUCGCCGUCCAGCUCUAUUGGAAGAAAAUAAGCCCGUAACUGAGAUUGCAAAGAUACUGGGAGAGGAAUGGAAGAGCAUGAGUCCUUCAAAGCGGGCCCCUUUUGAGGAGAUUGCCGCUAAGGAAAAGGAGAGAUAUUCUGUGGAGCUUGAGACUUAUAAAAAGAACAAGGCUGAGGACCUUUCAACGCUGGACCGGGAAGCCGAGGAGAAGUCUAAGCUGGAGAAAGCGCAAGCUCUGAAGCUUUACAAGGAGAAAGAAAAGUUGGAUCAAGCUAAAAAGAUGAUGAAACAUCAGGCAAAGGAAAAGAGAGACCUUGCCCAAGAGAAGGACUUAGCUCAGGGUAAGAAGGACCAAGCCAACGAAACGAAAAAGAACAAGGACCCAAAUAAACCAAAGAAACCUCUUUCAUCGUACUUGAUUUUCGGCAUGGAGAUUAGGAAGACUCUCUCAAACGAUCAAGCGGGAUUGAACUUCGCUGACACCAACGCCCACAUCUCCCAGAAGUGGAAGGAACUAUCUGAUAAGGAAAAGGAAGUUUGGAAUGUGAAGGCAGCAGCGUUGAAGAAGAAAUACGACGUGGACAUGGAAGAGUACCGCAAAACUCAUCCCGAGACUUCUGUAUGAGGCAACACCUGAACGUGUAACCUUGUUGUAUACAUUCAACACUCCUUGUUGAAUGUUGUGGCAAAUGUCCUUUUUAUGCCUUGGUGGUACAGCUGAAUGAUUUUGCAGCUAGAAGACCUGCUCCUUAUCUUACGACUUUGCCAUGGACACAUUUAGAGUCCAAAUUGAGAUACUCUUUUAUGGUAUCAUCUUUACGAAUUUUGUAAAUUUGUCCAGUAAAUCAAACAUAUUGAAUUGCUACUA